AAAGACGGAUGCUGAAGAUGUUUACUCAGUCACCAACUAGCAGUGCUGACACAACGAGAUGAAUUCAGCGUUUGUUCUAAAAUCGAUCUUAUUUGUCAUCAUCUGUGUGCAAUGUAACGCCAACGUUGCACCGCCGAGCUGUGGCCGCCGGCAGAUCAAACUGCAGCAGCUGGUAACCCACGGAUACACGACGAACCCGGGUGAGUUCCCGUGGCAUGCGGGCAUUUUCAUGACGACCGGAUUUCAAAAGUCCUACAUCUGUGGAGGAUCGCUGGUGAACGAGCUGAGUGUCAUCACGGCGGCCCAUUGCGUGACGGAUCCGGUCAACGGGCUGGUCACGAGCCCGGCCACUUUGUUCGUCCAGCUGGGCAAGUUCAAGCUGAACCUGUACGGGGACACCGUCCAGGAGCAUGCCGUACAGCAGGUGAUUGUGUGCGAGGACUUUCAGACCAAAACCAGCAAGUAUGAUCUGGCCAUCGUACGAUUGGCGACCCAGGCCAGGUUUACCGAUUACGUCCAGCCGAUCUGCGUGUUUCCGCAGCCCCCGGGGAUCAAUUACAACGAUGGCUCUAUUCGUGGAACGGUCGUCGGAUGGGGUUAUACGCAGUUUGAUGCAUUGUCGGAUGCGCUGCAGGGAACGACGUUGCCGGUUGUCGGGCACACCAAAUGUUUGGAGAGCAACCCGGAACUGUUCGAGCGCACCCUGUACGACGGGAUGUUCUGCGCGGGAUUCAAGAAUGGCACCAACGUGUGCAACGGCGACAGUGGCGGCGGCAUGUACGUCAACCGCAACGGCCAGUGGUUCCUGAUCGGGGUGGUGUCGUUCACCGCAGCCCGCGAUUCGAACACCAACCUGUGCAGCACGAAGGACUACACGGGAUUCACGAAGGUUUCGGCCUUCCAGGACUUUAUCGUGACAAAUUGUGGCCUGCAACCGGUCACGGAACGUCCUGCAGCGGUUGGAGGAGGCGGCAAGCAGAAAUACUUCCAUGCCUCGGAUUUCGGGCUGGAACAGAAGAUGAACUGGUUCCAAGCUGGCGACUACUGCCGAUCAAUUGGUCAACACUUGGCUGAAAUUCGGUCCGGUCAGGAUCAGGCCAAGGUUAAGGAAAUUGUGGCGAAAGGAGGAAUGGAACCCGAUGCCAACGGAGUUGCCCGGCUGAAGCAGUACUGGAUUGGGGCGAACGAUUUGGGGGUUAGCCGGGACUUUAAGUGGCAGUUCAGUGGGAGGGGGAUCACAUUCACACAUUGGCGCCAAAAUGAGCCCAACAACGUGAAUAACAACGAACAUUGUGUGGCCGUGUUGGGCAACAAGCAAGCCUUCUGGAUUGAUGCAAACUGCAAGGGAAAGCGACAAGUGCUGUGUGAAGUUUGGAAGUAAAACGAGCUUUCGAAGAACUA